GCAGUACCGGUGAGUGUAUAAAUACACUGACCUCGCAGGUCAAAGGUCUUUUCACGUAUUUCCGGCUUCGUUGUCACUUUUAUUUUCUACGUGUGACAAAUCCACAACAUUUAAUUAGGCAGUUGUGGUUGAAAUUAUAGAACUAAUUAUGGCAAACAAGCAGCGCAUGAGACUUGCUAGCGAAAAGCACAGUAAAAACAUCACAACACGAGGAAAUGUCCCAAAAACUCUGGUAAAUAAUUUUUUGUAGUAUUGUGGCAUAGGAUUGUCGACUCGUUGACGUGGUACUUUUUAAAUUGUUACCAUAUUGAAUUGAAAGAUUUUGGUUGUUGUUUCACUUUCAUGAGAAAUGUGAUAAGGUGAUACGGUAAUUAUUUAUCAAUUGUAUAUAGCGUAGAGCCCAGACGUAUCUGCUUAUUUUUAUCCUAUUAUAGCUGUGUUUUCAAACAUUUCAUUUGAACUACUAACUUACUAACUUAUUAUAAAUUACUAGUUAUGUGCUAGUUUAAAAAAAAUUUUUAGCCACAUUUACCAUGUCAUGGAAAUUAAAUACAUGAAUUAUAAUUACUAACUAUAACUAUGCCUUUAAAAAAAAAAAUUCGCUAAAGAAAUUAAAUAUAAAUUUUAAAUUACAUUCCCUGUAGAUUUUAUUUAUUUAAUAAUUAGUGGUUCAACUAUUAUUUUUUUAAAAGCUUUCACCUAUUGUAGGGAUAACAAUACUUGUCCACGCACUGUUCUGCGCAUGUCCUUAAACUUCGAAAAAACGUGUUCUGCAAUAUGGCGUACACCUACAUGGUAUCAUUGGAAAAUUGCAUACUACGUCACCUUUGUUUAUUAAAUAACUGCUUUCCUCAUCACUGACGAAUCAGUUUUUGUGUUCCGGUCAUUCAUAUAUUGAUUUAUGCUACGAUAUUUUUUGUGCAUCACGGGCAGUAUUAUUAUAAUGACUCGGUUAGUAUAUAAAUCGCAUAAAUACUUUUUUUACUAGUAAAGCCACCAAAAUAAGGUUUUAGUGCGCCCUAAUCUACAUUCAUUGUAAGAGUUUUUUCAUUUCUAGAGUUAUUAUCGUUGAGCUCUCGAUAAAAAGUUAUGCAUCCUGCGAAGAAGUGGGGGGUAUGAAAUUAUCAUUAUUUUUUUAUUUUGAUCGAUAAGCCUGAAAUGGCUGCUAUCACUGUGAUUCGUAAGUGUUAAAUCCUUAAACAUCUAAAUAAUUAUAAGACGUUUAAAAUGAAUCAUUUUAAGAAAAGAUUAUAACCAAACUUGAAAAGUUUAUGUAGUAACCAAGGGUUGGUUUUAAGCUUUAUUUAUUACAUUAAAAAUUGUGUACGGUACCAGUACAGUCGGUACACAGUUUAUCGUUUUUUCAUUAUUGAAUCAAUUUUAAAUAGUUUUACAAUAGUAAUAUCGAUAAUAAUCAUAAUUUUUCUCCUAUUAAUUAUUUCAGAGAAUAUUACUAAAAUUAGGCCUACUUAUCAUUAUCAGUUAUAAUUAUAAACAACUGUUAUUAUAAUCCUAUAACAUUCUAUUUAGGCCUAGGCCUAAGCUUAAUAUUUCUUAAUCUAAUUCUAUUACAAGCUUAUAAGUUCCACAAUAACAGUUUUAUUAAAAUACAUCAAAUUAAUAAACAAGACUCAAACAACAUCGUCAUAGCAAUUAUAUUUUUAUUAGGACAUAGAAUAGCAGUACAUAGACAAUUAUUAAAUAUAUCAAAUAACAUUUUUUAAUGAAUUAGUCUCAUAAUUAUCAUAUUAUUAUUAUCAAUAAAAAAUUGCAGCUUCCCAGGGCUCAAUACCGGUACUCAAUUUGUUAUUGUGAUGAUGUGCAUGUGCGUUUUUGCUGAUGCUAUUGUCACCAGAAAUAUUUGUAAAAUAAGAAUUUUGUUAUUUAUUUUUACGGCUUUGGAAUUGUCAUCAAAGUGUGUAGUGUAAUUAGCCAAUUUUUAGAGCCACAGUCAAGUGAUACUCAACGGAAGAGUGUGACCUCAAAUCAGUGACACUUCUUGUUGCGUAUGUGGAGGGAUAUAAUAAAGUUGCUACGUUAGCCAUGAAAAUUAUGCAUGAGGAAGAAAGCAUUCAUAGUGGUUUACUAAGUGUGCUUUGCGCUCUAUCCAUCACAUAAUAUGCUUAGGGCAUGUCUCGCCUUAAACAUCACCUUUAAUAAUUAAAAUGUAGUCUUUCUGCACUUCCCAACUGAUUUAACAAUUCAGUCUUACUAGAACACACACAAAUUAAAGCUCCACCCGUCUUUUAUAAUUUAGUGUGACCUAUGUAGACUAUACGAGACCCUCAUCUUUUAUUGAGGUGUUCUUCUUCUUAGUAGAAAACAUGAAGAUCAGUUUGACAGCUAGGAAUCAAUGAUCCCUCCAUUUAUUUUAAAUUCUUUUCAAAAAUCAACUUUAAAACUCAAAACGUUAUUUAAUAAUUAGUCCUAGCAACAUGUUUUGAGCCAACCCUGGAAGUAAAAUAUGUUUACGCUUUAAUUUUUUUAAUGUUACAUGUUUUUCUUGAGAUUUCUAGUGCCUUGUAACAGAGUCAAUAACUUUUAGAAUCCUAUAUAUAAUAUAUAAAUUAAUGAGGAAAUGAUGGGGUUUCAAAAAAUGUUUGUUUCAAAACAUAUGUCAACACUUAGAAAUAAUGGGAAAAAAAAUAAUGCUUAAUCUUUUUAAUGAAAAUUUAAACAAAAAUGGUGUUCAUAUAGAUGCAAAGAAAACAAAAAACUAACCACCUGAAAUUAUUCAAUUAAAUCAGUAUGUCAUAUGCAUAAUUUAGUACAUUUCAUGUGCAUUAGACCAAAUUAUAAAAUAUUUUGUAAAAUGUGAAAAAAAGGGGAAAUAUUUUUUUGUUUCUUUCAGCACCCCUCCAUAAAGUACUUACCGGUAUGAGUUUUAGUAUUUUACCAUACAAUAUUAUUUACACAAUACAAAAGAUAGACUUUUAAAACUUCAUUGUACUGGUACAUAUGUGCUACUUUUGUUUUAGGAUGUUAAGUUUCUUUUCAUUCCUAAUUUAUAUCACACUGUAGAGUGUCUUUUUAAAUCUGUGGCUUCAGGAACUAUUGGAUGUAUCAUAGUGUAUUUUGUGUUAUUUACAUUUGAGACACUUGGAACAUAAUCAGUUUUUGUAAAUCAUCUGGUGCUCAAAUAAUUUCCUCUGUGAAAUCAAUUGAGAAUUAAAUGUUAGGUUAGUUCAUCUAUAUCAUAAUUUUCUUUUGAACAGUCCUAAAGAGAUUAUAGCUUGCAAUAUUCUUUUUAUUAGGGAGAUAUAUCCAUUUAUCAACAGGUCAACACCACAUACGAAUGAAUUGUAUGAUUUCAAAAUCUGAUUUGACAAUAUUUGGUCUUCUCACCAAUAAUUGCCUAAAAUAAUCCAUCGGUUUUGGUUCUGUUUAAAAAAGAAAAUCCAUUUGCUGUCAUAUAAUUUGAAAUAAGUGAGACUAUUGUAUAAAUUUUAUUAUCUCUUAUCCACCACAUAUCACAUUGCUUUGAUUUGUUUUGAUUUGUUUUUCUUCUGAUAUAGUCAGACAACAAAUUCACUUUGCACAGUGUGUCCUUUUUGUCUGUUUCAAUAUUAGAAACUUUGAAGAAUGUCAUAAUUUGAAUAAAUAUGUGGGUUUUUUUGGGAAUAAGGCACUAGCCCACAAGUCAUGGUAGCAAUUAAAGAUUGUUGAAUUUGAUGAGUAUUUUUGUACACUGGGGACAUAUACAGUUGCCAUGCACAUUAGUGGUCCUAGAAAUUUGUAAAAUUCAUCUGACAUCUGCUGAACUAUCAACUUACCUCAGUUGAUUCAAGAUUUAGAAUGUCCCAUGGUAGUUGAAUAGGAGUAUUUUACAAAUGUUUCAACCAAAUUCAGUGUGAAAAAUAGCUUGAAAAACCUUUAGGAUGAAGAUACUUGCUCACUGUAUCCAUGUUGACAUUCCUUCCCACAAAUAUAAGCCUAUCUUUCUGGCUGAGAAAAACAUAGGAGUUGGAACCGGUGGGUAAUCAUCUCGAACAUCUCACAAGUUAAGCAUGUGAAUGUAAAAGAGCAACUAAUAUAAAUGACCUAUGUGCAACUUUUAGAGAUGAAAUGCAUAAAAAAUAUAUACUUCACUUAAAUUUCCAGUUUUUAAAACUUCCAAAACUGUUUAAAUCUCAUUUAUGGCCAUAAAAUUUAGUGUCAGAGAAUAAAAUUUUUACAACACACAUAGAUGUAAAAUUUCAUGUUUUUUAGGAUGAAAUAUAUCAUAAGCUGUGCCAACUGCAUUGUUUACAUUCUUUAACAACAAUCUCUACUAGAGUCUAAUUAAUAAAAUAUUCGCAUAUUAUAAAAUGGUUUUAUUUACGCAGAUUCAUUAAAAAGGGCUAGUAAAUAUUUCAGUAUGCUUCUAAACAAAAUUUAAACCGAUAAAAUAAAAAUACAAAUAAUAAAUCUAAAACAUCGAAAUGUCAUUUAUGAAAGAAUAGUCCAACUCUAUUAAAUUUGGGCCUAAUUUUGACUAAUAUCCAGUCUUAAAAAACAAAUUGUCCUGAAAAGAGAUCUGAGUAACAACAUUUGUCCACAUCAAUUUUAUUUUACAAAAAGUAACUAUCAAGCUAUACAGCUUUUGCAUUUAUGAUUUUAGCGUGGUAUUUAACGUAACACAGCUUGCAGGUUACUUUUUACUGCCCUGUAAGCAAAUAUUGGAGUACCAAUGAAAUUGGUAACACGGAUUAGUAGAAAAAAAUAACACAGUUUACACAGACAAUUGGCUAGGCUCAUAAGAUUUUCUUAUUUUAAGUUUUAGGUUGCAACUUUAAAAUAAACAAAAUCAAUGUUUUUUUUUAUGGUUUAAUUGUUCCCCAACCCUCUCAAGAAUAAUAUUUAUUGUGUAUAAUAAUUUUGAGGUGUAGGCUGGCUUUAUUUUGUUAGAAGAAAAAGUGUAUCUUGUUUUAUAGGUUCCAAAAUCCUUGAAUAAAUUAGUAUUUAAAAUGUUGACAGAAGUUGAUUUCAGUUGGUGUAAAGUAAACAAAAGUUGUGAACCCCAAGAAUCCCUAAUUUAGUAAGCAUCAUGCUAGGACAAAUCCCUUCAAUUUCGUCCAACUAACCAGUAAACAUGAUUUAAGAAUAAAGGAAGGAUUAGGGACGGCCUAUUUUCUGCUUUUGGUUAUUUGUUUAGCUGAAUCCUCUUAAGGUGACAGGACUGUGUAGUAAAUUUAGAAUGAUUGACUACAGUUACUUAGAACUACUCAGUUGUCACUGAUGGCCAAUAGAGUUGUUUUUUCUGCCAUGUCCCUGUUGAAUCACUCUCACCUCUUUUGGUUUUAAUAAAUCUAGAGAACUAUAUAAAGCUGUAGAAAAAUGACUCAAAAUAAUAUUAUGGUGAAACCAGUUUCUUCACUUCACUUGCAUUUUUCACCUUAGGGCUUAAGAAUCAAAUAUUGGAUGCCCACCCAACUAAAAACAUUGGAAGGUUUUUUUAUUUCUUUAGUUUCUCUUACUGUUUCAUGAAUUCAGCCAAAGUAAUAUUUGAUUCUUGACAUAAAGAUGAGGUUCAGAGAUCAAAUGGUCUGUUGUGUGCAGCUGGCUAAAGGAUGUCUUGAUUUAAUUAUUUAAUGGAUGAGAUGUGACAUUUUAUUACACAUGUGAAUCUUAAAUGGUUACAACAGGCAAGAUAUUUCUUACAUGGCUGCUGGUCCCAUUACUAUUUUAACAACUUUUUUAAUCUAUAUUAAGACGCAUUUAAUUCCAUUUAUUUUCAGAAAAAUGCUGAAGACAAAUACCCUGUUGGCCCGGCUCUGAUGGCAUUGUUCUUGUUCGUUGUUUGUGGCUCAGGUAAGAAUGAAUCAUAGUUUAUAUUAGCUGCUCAUGAUUAAUAAUGGGGCAACUCUACCUUUUAUACGGAGAUACAUUCCUAUGAGCAAUUUAAGUAUAGCUUUUAUACAAGUCAUUGAAGAAACUUUUUUCUUAUGUGCACAAUAAGUUUUUUAUAAAUAGGAUAUUUUAAGAUAUAUUUUUAUGUAAGUGUAAGUGAUUUUUUUUUUUUUUUUAAUGAUUUUUUUUUUGCCUCUUCCUGUUGGGUUCUUGUUUAAAGAGAUACCUUUUUUUCUUCUGAACAGCGGUUUUCCAAAUUAUCCAGAGUAUCCGAAUGUCAUGACGAGCAUCACCCAAACUUUUGAUUUUAAUAUAUUUUUUUAUGUAAGUUUAAGUUAUUUUUUUUUUUUUUUUAAUGAUUUUUUUUUUGCCUCUUCCUGUUGGGUUCUUGUUUAAAGAGAUACCUUAUUUUCUUCUGAACAGCGGUUUUCCAAAUUAUCCAGAGUAUCCGAAUGUCAUGACGAGCAUCACCCAAACUUGUGGACUUGUGAGAAGGGGGAAUGAAGGGCUGCUACUCAAUGGAUGGGCAACUCAAUGUGAAUGAUGACCGAAUGGCUAACUUGAAUGAUGAAUGAUUUGUGUUAGUUCGAAUGUCAUGAAUAUCUGAUGUGUGAUUUUAUUUUUAUUUUUUUCUCCAAAAGAUUAUCAGACCAAUUAGAUAGAAUAUAAGGCCUCAAGAUCAUCUCAAUGUUAAUGGUUACAAAAUGAUUUCAUCAAUGCAAAAACAAACAAACAAAAAAAAACAGUGUACAAAAAAACAGGCUAAGAGCAAGCUGCUUGUUCCUCCUUUUCAACCUUUGUCAUUAUGUUUACCAGAGUUUAGUUGGAUCAUUUCACUGUUGGACAUUUUUGUGGUUUUUUUCCCUCAUUGAAGUUUUCAUAAUCGUCUCUUCUCAUCUCCCUGGUGGUGGUCAAAGCAGAGUCAGAACUUAAGUCAUCUAUGGAUCAGCACAAAAGUUAUUUACAUUCAGUCUUGUUCUUCUGAGUUCCGUUUGUUUGUUUUUUUAAAAAUGACCAUUUAUGCUGUGCAUUUAUAAAUUUAUAUCUCCUUCUAGCUGAUUUGAAAACAAAAAAACAAAGUUUCUUCUCAUCCACCCUAAAGCUCUUAGUUAAAUCCUUUGCCAUUUAACUUAUUUAUUUAAUCUCUUUUGGGGGUUGGUGUCUGUUAUAAAACUGUUGUAUUCCUGGUCAUUUUUUUAUGGUCCAUGUUUUAAAACAUUUUUAAAUGAAGAUUGUAAACCACCUAAAAGUGCUUGUGACAUUUCCUUCUUAUCUGUGUUAGGGUAGGGAGAUAGCGUGGUCUCCUUUAAAAAAAAAAAACAGAUAAAACUUUUGAUUUUAUAAAAAUGAUGAUCCUCUGUCACAAUCUGAAUUUUUUAAACAAAUAUCAAAAUUGUUCGAAAAAAGGAUUUAUUCAUUUUUGUGGAGUCUCUAUAAACCAACAAUAUCCUUCACAGUUUUGUCACAUGAAUUAUAAUAAAAUAUUCUAAAAGUUGUUCUUUAUUGCAUUUACCAGUUUUUCUUGUUCCUUUAUUUAUUUGUGUUUACUUA